AUGGAGAAAGAAUCUAAAAUUCCAUCUACUAGUCAACUUGACGUUGUUCCCGAGACUGGUGCUCAGAAACCCUCCAACCCUCAAGAGAACCCCAUCUCUCCCGAUGUUACGAACGUGCAGCCUCAUUGCAAUAUCGGCGUUGGAAAGUUGAUCGAAAACAAUGAUAAUGAAAUACUCGAACCACCUUCCGAAGCGGUUGAGAAUACGCAACUCAAUCCAGUAUCAGAUGUUCCAUAUAGUGUCUUUUCUGCCUCUCAAAAGAAGAUGAUUGUCCUUACCGGAUCCAUGGCAAGCCUCUUUUCUCCAAUGUCAACGAGCAUAUAUUAUCCAUCUCUCAGUCAAAUUGCGAAAGAUCUUCAUGUAUCAGAUGCAAAAAUCAGUCUUACAGUUACUUUGUUCUUAGUUAUUCAAGGCUUAGCACCUAUGAUGAUUGCGGGAUUAUCAGACAAAGCUGGAAGACGUCCAGCAUAUAUCAUUUGCUUCAUUAUUUACUUCUUCACAACUCUCGGUCUUGGACUUCAAAAUUCAUACCCAGCGUUGAUGGCCCUACGUUGCUUGCAAAGUGCAGGAAGUAGUGGUACAGUAGCGCUUGCAAAUGGGUUAGUUGGUGAUAUUAUCACUUCUUCUGAGCGGGGUACUUACGUUGCAUGGGCUUCUCUUGGUAGUAUUCUUGGUCCUAUGGUUGCUCCUAUCAUUGGAGGAAUAUUAGGGCAAUAUGCAGGUUGGCAUUGGAUUUUUUGGUUUCUCUUAAUAUAUUCAUGCAUCGUAUUUAUACCUCUUAUUCUCUUUCUUCCGGAAACUUGUCGAAAUUUAGUUGACGAUGGUUCCAUACCUCCACCAUUUCUCUGCAUGAACAUUACAGACCAUAUACGACAUUUGAAUCGUCGUAAGAAAGGAGUUCCCUUGGAUACAGAGAAAUUUACUGCCCUGCGCAAGAACUACAAGUUACAGGUCCCAAACCCACUGUCUACACUUAAAGUUCUUGCAGAUAAAGAAGCAGGACUAUUAUUAGGCGCAGCGGGUAUAAGUUUAGCUUGCUAUUAUGCAAUUUCUACGGGCGCUUCAUCACAAUUUGGCUCUUUGUACGGAUUUUCACAGCUAAAAGUAUCAUUGAUGUUCAUUCCUGUUGGUGCAGGGUCUCUCAUCUCUGCUUUUACUACUGGAAAAAUAGUAGACUUCAACUAUCGCCGACAUGCCAAAAUUCAUAACUUUCCACUCAUCAGAAAUCGUCAAAUGGAUCUCACUAAUUUUCCAAUCGAGAAAGCGCGAUUGGAGAUUGCACUCCCAUUGUUCUAUCUCGGUGCUUUAGCCAUAAUUGCUUAUGGUUGGGUUAUGGGUCACCAUGUUAGUAUUGCUGGUCCAGUGAUACUAUUGUUUGUAAUAGGGUAUGCUCUGGUUGCAAGCUUUCAAGUUCUCAAUAUCUUGAUGGUGGAUAUCUAUCCUGGUAAACCAGCUACUGCUACAGCUGCAAAUAACGUGGUACGGUGUGAGCUGGGAGCGAUUGCGACUGCGGUUAUUGUCCCUAUGGUCAAUGCCAUCGGUACCGGGUGGUCAUAUACAAUCCUGGCCCUUCUAUUUUUGAUCUACAGCCCGGUGUUGAUAAUAAUCAUGAGAUAUGGAAUACGAUGGAGAAGCCAAAAGAAAGUUAAAGACGUCGAAUCAGCUAGGAAAAAACAAGAGAGAAAGGGAGAUAAGUAG